AUGAAGCCCUUCAGCGUCCUUCUGCCCGUCGUGCUGCUCGCCGCAGUGGCCGGAGCCGCGCCUGCCAAGAACGGCUUCCCUCCUCUCCCAAAGGGUCAGACGCUGUGGGGCUACCAGAGCUUCCAGCAGUACGGCACGCUCCGCCUGGCGACCGAGGACCAGAACGGCGAGGGCAUCCUCACCUUCCUGGCCAGCGACAGCUCCUACACGUGGGACAUUCAGACGCGCAGUGGCAAAUUUGGCUUCGCUUCGGUGCUCAACGACCCGCCCUUCAAGUCCGGGGCCAGCGUCUUCUGUGGCCAGCAGACACGCGCCCUCGAGACGGUCUGCGAGCGCCUCGUCGGUCCGCCCCAGUCCGGGUCCACCUCCGGAGCCUUCACCGACAUUUUCCUCGUCGUCAAUACGCCGAAGGUGGUCGCCACCCUGCCGAUGGGGCCGUUUGGCAAGAGGCAGGCGUGA